GGCCAAGUGCGAUGGAAUGCCUCUCUCAUCCCUGGUUUUCUCACAAACCCCCAUCUGAAGAGGCUCAUUUUAUUGAGACAAAACCGCUCAACUUUUUUGUAUCCCGAAGCAAAUGGCAGCGAUCUCUUAUGAGCUACAAGUCGUUGCUUGUGAUGAGACCAAUCCCAGAAAUUCUGGAAAAGCAUCACAAGAACACCUCACUUGGCGUCUCCCGGCAACUGGUCGAAGAGAGCAGUUCCUCCAGCACCAGUGGGUCAUCUUCAGACAACGAAAUUUUGGUGUCCUCUGGAAAAAAACCUUUCGGACCCAUUCCGGAGGUUCGUCUAUCUGUGCCGGAAAGAUCAAACGAUCGAGAUGAUGAAGUAUUUGAAGAUGAGUUCAAACUUCCUGAAGGCUCCAUGCCACCCGUCAAAACCAGAAGGUUGAAGGAGCCUUCAGCGAAGGGACAGUUGGAUGGACAUCCUGUCCGAGAACGAGAAAUCUCCGAGGGUGACGCCCAUGGAAGAACAUUGUUUGAGUUGGCUUCAUUGCAAGAUCAAACUGGAUUGUUGCCUCCAGAAGAAGGAAGGAUAGAACGGUCUCCAGGUUGUGUCCCGAGACAUAGUGUCAUCAAAAGUACUUUUUACAGCCACCCAUCGGAAAAUCUGACCUAUUUUCCUUCCUCACCAGGAAAAGGGCAAAGGAAACAGUUAGAAAGAGCUAAGAGGUCUUACAGGAAAGCUGGAUAUUCAAAGUCCGCUUUAACCGGCCUGCGGGAACCCUUGCUAGAACAGUUUGAACUUGGGAGAGAAGGAGGAGCAUUGGCGGAUGCAGAAUUGGGGAAGGAACGAGAAGGAAGUUAUGGACCCCUAAUCACCAAAUCGGCUUCUUUUGAUACUGCUCAGAAAUCGCCCAAAGUGACUUUCCAGGUAUCGGCCAGGAGCCGUUCUUUGGAUGACUACAGAAUAAGAGCUGGGAGCUUCGCUGAGGAACAGGAGAUUGCAGAAGAAGACCUGGACGCCAUGCUGCAGGGUGGCCCAGCAGAAGGAGCUCAUCUGAGGGACGAAAAAAUGUCAGCAGCCAAAGCUAGGGAAGGUUUUUCUGAAGAAUACCCAAAGUUAGCCCCACUGGAUGACAAGGAAAGAUCCAAGUUGGGCCUUCAGCAGGACAAGAAGACCUUGAUUUUGGCACGGGGCUCUGAAAAAGUGGAAGAUUUACCGCAGAAAACGAACGUGCCACAUUUAGUGGGAAUAUCUCCUCAAGGCAGAGAAGAUCAGAUUCUAGAAGCUCAGCAAUCUGGUUUUGCUUUAGGGUUGGCUUCAAAAAGUGACAUCGAGGAGGAGCAGAUAUCCAUGUCUUUUCCUUACAGGGAUGGACGAACCAUUUUUCCACAAGGGGAAGCCUCUGGUUUGAGAGUGCCACCAUCAGAGACCCCAAAUUUGGUGUCUUGGGAUAGCAAGGAGAAAAAACCAUCCCGUGAGACAACCCCAACUUCUCCCAAGAGUGUUGAAGGACAUCAACGUCAACAAGGAGAAAGUCUUCGUCUCCUGAAAGCUGUUCCCUUUCACAUCACUCAUGCUCAGACUGAGAAGCAGCUUGCUGGUGCUCCAGACAAGAGUUCCGCCUCCUCUGUCCUCGAGGAACAGCAAAGUACAUCCCAGAAGCUCUCAGGAUCCCACUUGACCAAGUCAGCCAUGUUAGAGAAGAAAGAUCUGGAGAAGUUGGACAUCCCUCAAGCAAAAAUGGCUACACCUUCCAUCUCUGAGAGUGCAAGGCAAAAACCUUUACAUCAAUUGCCCGUGGCACAUCUGGAAAGGAAGCUACCUGUUGCAAAAAGUGAAGCUCCUGCUCAUCCAGAGAUGGUUGCUCUGGGAGGAAGCCAGCACCAAUCACAACGAGAGUUUCCUCCUUACAGAAGACCAUCUCCUACUAGCCCAAGAGGCGCUGCUGCUCUGAGGCAAGCAUCUUCCCGACCAGGGUCUGCCUCGGUACCCAUGCUUCAUGGAGAAACCCAGGUAGCCUCACUUCCAAAGUCCUCUGCUUACCCAGAAAGAGAAUCUCUUCUCAGAGAGGUUCAGCGAACUCCUCAAACCCAAGCAGAUCUGAUGUCUUUCUCUGAAGCUGAAAAGUAUGAGCUCUACCACCACCUGCCAUCUGCCCCUGGUGAGGCCCUCAAGGGCCAAACACCUGCUGUGGCGGGCUAUUCUCAAGCGAAAACGAGACCUUUUGCAACUUCUGGAAAAAAAGUCUCCAUAACUCAAAUAAAAAGACCAUAUUCCAUUGGAGAAGGCAGAAGCCACGAGCAGAGACUUUACGAUGACUCAGAGGCUCAUGUUCUGGAAAACUUAGCGGAGAAGAUGGCUUACCAAUCGAUCUCCCAAGAGGAGAUGCUCCAUCAAAAGUCACCUGGCCAAGCGGUGAGACCGAAAAGUAGGUAUCUAGUGCGCAGAGGCAAGAGAGAAGGAGGCAUUGGCCUAGCAGAUCCUUCAGAAGCCGAUAUUAUCUAUCCUGGAGAAGAAGACUAUUUCAGUCUCCAGUCUUACCUGAACAAGAAAGCCAGGAUGUCUUCUUCUUAUGAAGGCUUGGAUUAUACAGGAAGGAUCCAAAUGUAUGAAAUUGCCCUUGUGCAGAUCCAGGAUCUCUCGGAGAUGCCUCGUCCCGACAGCAAAACCUCCAAAUUUGAUAUCACGGAGGUGGAACCAGCUUUCCUCAACCUUCAUGAACUCUAUGACAUUGUCUAUUCUCCAUUUGAGUUCCUGAGUUUCAGGAAAGCUCCUGAAAAUUUGCCCACCAAAAGGCCACCUGGAUUCAAACUCCCUUCUCCGCAGGAGAAAAAAAUAUGUCUCAGGGAGGAUAAAUUGCCUGAGGCGGACCUCAAGGAACCUUCUGGACAAAAGGAAACAGAUGCCCUCAAAACGGAGAUAGGUCCUGAACCAGCCAUAGCACCACGGAUAGGAAAAAGGUCUGACUCCGAAGGUGAUCUACCGACGGGGUCCCAGUAUGAUCUCCCAUCAGAUUCAAAGAGGAAGAGUUCUCUCCAGAGUGCCUUAGGACUUUUCAAGCCCGUGGUCCGCUCUCAAUCCAUGGAGCAGGUGGAACUCAGUCUGGGGAAGAGGAUGAAGGCAUCCGUAGCUCAGUUCUCAAAGAUGUUGACCCGAAAACUUUCCAGUGAAGACACCAGAACAGCCUCUGAGGAAGUCAAAAGUGAGCAAGCUGAGAGGACCUCUCUGACAGAGCCUUCCCCAACCUCCAAAAAGAAAAGGAUGUUCUCAGCAUUCACCCUGCCCAGCCUCAAGACUAAGCACAAAGGACCUUACUUCACAGAAGAGCUCACUGACCAGACAGUUGCCAUCGGACAAUCGCUGACCCUCUCCUGCCGGACCUCCUCCCAUUCCUUCUCUGGCAUAGAAUGGUCCAAAGAUGGAGCAGCAAUUUGCAGCACGGAUCGGAUCCUGAUUUCUUCAACUCUAAAACGGUUCCAGAUUUUAACCGUGUUGUCAGCUACGAUGGCGGACUUUGGCGUCUACAGCUGCAAGGCUACCAGUUCCCACGGUGCUGUUUCCACCUUCUGCACCAUAAGGAAAGCAGAGGCACCUUCAAACAUACCUGCCCCUGAUAUCCUUGAAGUUCUUGAAGAUGGCGUACAGCUGGCCUGGGAAGCGGUGGAACUCAACAACCCAGUGACUUACACUGUUCUGUGCAAGAAGGAUGAUGGAGAGUGGAAAACCCUGGCCGGUGACAUCCCAGAUUGCUGUUACACAGUUGAACAUCUUCCUCGGGGUUUGGUCUACUCCUUUCGCAUUGCCUGCGUAAGCCCAGCCGGCGUGGGUCCAUACAGCUACCCAACUCCCAAAGUGAAAAUUGGUGAAGAAGAUCAAGCAGCAUUUCAAGCUCAGGAAGAAGAGGACAGGAUGGCAGCACCGCCAACCCACCAGACCUACGCUUUUCAGACUGAGAUUAAAAGGGGCCGUUUCAGUAUCAUCAAACAAUGCCGAGAAAAAUUCAGCGGAAAUCCCUUGGCUGCCAAAAUCAUCCCGUAUCAGCCGGAAGAGAAAGACAACAUCCUACAGGAAUACCAGAUCCUAAGGAAACUGCACCACACCAACAUAGGGCAGCUGCAGGGCGCCUACGUGAGUCCACGCCACCUUGUGCUGAUUGUCGAACUCUGCGUGGGGCCUGAGCUGCUUCAUGCCUUAGCUGGGAGGUCUUCGUAUUCAGAGGUGCAGGUCAGGGAUUACCUGUGGCAGAUUCUCAGCGCCGUCGAGUAUCUUCACAAUCAGGACAUCGUGCAUCUGGAUCUGCGGUCUGAAAACAUGGUGAUUGUGGAGCCCAACCUGUUGAAACUUCUAGACUUUGGCAACGCCCGGUUCUAUACACCAGAUCAAAUCCUAACUGUGGAUGGAUGCACGGACUACGUAGAAACCAUGGCUUCAGAACUCCUAUCGGAGAAGGGAGCCGUCCCACAGACAGACAUCUGGGCGAUUGGCGUGACAGCUUUUAUCAUGCUGAGUGCUGAAUAUCCCAUCAGCUCCGAGGGUGCCUGUGACUUCGGAAGGCUGGUCAAGCGAGACAAAAUACGACUCAACAAAUGCUACGCUGGCCUUUCGGGAGGAGCCAUCAACUUCCUCCAAAGCACGCUUUCCUUGAAUCCCUGGAGAAGGCCAACAGCCACAGAGUGUCUCCAGUCUUCGUGGCUGCAGGAGACCGGCUUGGAUGAACACCAACAAGCCACGGUGACCUUCUCUACCACCAAGCUGAGAAAUUUUGUGGCUGAACGCGAGAGGAAAAGAGCACUCCUCUGUUCAAAGUAUGGCGUGAUGGCUGUGUAGUCCACAAAACCUCCUUCACACAAUCUCCAAAAAGCAAAGCAUUUUUAUGCAGCAUAUUGACGAGAUCAGAAGUUUGCAGGUUAAGGCAUUUAUUAUGAUUGUGGAAUAGAAGAGGUCCCAGUUACAACAGAUGGACGCAUUUUAUUUAUUUUAUAGCAAUGCUCCUCUCCUAUCCUCAACAAUGUGGUAUAGUUAACAGAUGGGGGAAGGUGAAAGUUGGGCCCGAAAGAUUAUCUGUUUCAAAAGCAUUUUAAAGGUGCAUGCAACCCCCAGAAGGAGCUUAUGAAAUCUCUGGCUUAUUUAUUUAUUUAUUUUGGAAAGAAAAAAAGGAAGUAUUUAUGAAGAAUCUGAUUUUUUUAAAGGCUUUGACAAAAGCUGGAGGGGAAGAAGAAUCCACACAAUAUUUCCAUUGUUCCCCAUCAGUUGAGCAUGCAAAUGUCCACGAACUUACAACCGUUUCACCAAAAACAAAAGAUUUAGAUUUAAUUUUGGUUUUUGUUUUAAUUUAUUUAAAGGUAGUUCUAUUAAAAUAAAUUUAGUUCAGUUAGUUAAUUAUUUAAUUUAUUAAAGAAUUUAUUUAAUCCAAAUGAAAUUAAUAAAACUAAAUUAAUGAAAUAACUGUAAAUUAGAUUGGUUUUAUUAAUGUUUUAUUAAUUUUAGUUUUAAUAAUUAUUUAAUUAUUCUAUGUUGGCGUUAAAUAAUUAAUUGAACAGUUUCCUUUCGUUGCCUUUAUUUCCCCGCCUUCCCCGGCGUUCGACGAACUCAAUACAGAAGCAUAUAUAUAUAUAUACAUACACACACAUACAUACAUACAUAAAACUUUGUGUUAAACAUCAGAGUAAAUUUCAUUAACAGUUGGAUGAGUUUCAGUGGCUUUACAGCUGUGGCUUUUCACAUGUGAACAUGCUAGGGUGAAAACACACAACAAUACUUGGACAAUAAAUCAUUUUGAUGCUGAGAACACCCGUAAUCUCAACCCAAAUCACAAUCACUUUCAGCUUCCUGCAAAAAUCUUCCCAAACACAACACUCCUCCUGAGGUAUAAAGAGGUGGCUCAUGCCAGCCAGCCAUGCUGCAUGCAGCCCUUCGGACAAUCUACCACCAGCUGUUCUUUUCAAAGAAUUACAGAACUCUUUCAGAAAAAGAAAACAUAUAAAAUCUUUCAUAGUCUUAUCAGGGAGCAAGUACAGGGCCUCCACUGUACCCCACUGCUGUGAGGUUUGUUGCUGUCCAAACAAACAAACAAACAAACAAAAUUGCUUCUUUUGCAGUGAAAAAUGAGCUGUCUGGCUGUUUAUCACCAUUGGAACCUAGUUUUGCAAUCAAGAGAUCCUUAUCUUAUUGCUUCACCUGGUUUAAAGUGAUCAAUUUGCUGUGGUUUUAUUUUUUUCAAAUAGGUAAACUAUUUUUUCUUC